UUCUUUCAAGCUGAUUCCAUUGGUGCCGAUGACCCGACAGACAUCUUGAAUCCAGUGUUGGGGGUCAUCUGGAUUACGCUUUUACCAAAAUCAGCUAUAAUUUUUUAGUUUUGCUGUGUUCCCUGCCUGUUUUUGUCGCGAAAACAAUAUCUUGUUAGUGCUCUGCUAGUUUUCUCUGCACCUAGACUAGUCUAUUUUGAGAAAAUGGGACGUAAGAAGAAGAAGCAGUCGAAGCCAUGGUGCUGGUACUGCAAUAGGGAAUUUGACGACGAGAAAAUAUUGAUCCAACACCAGAAGGCGAAACACUUCAAAUGCCACAUCUGCCACAAAAAACUUUAUACAGGACCUGGUCUUUCUAUUCACUGCAUGCAAGUGCACAAAGAGACUAUAGACAAAGUUCCAAAUUCACUACCGAACAGAUCUAACAUUGAAAUUGAAAUAUAUGGCAUGGAAGGCAUACCAGAGGUGGAUCUCAAGGAACACGAAAAGCAACGAGCAGGUGGCAUGCGACCACAAAGUCCAGACAGCGGGGACGAGGAUGAACCUGCAGCCAAGAAGGCCAAGGACAAUCUUACAGGGGGUGUAAUGCAAGGUACAACGACAACUAACGGACCGCAAAUGAUGGCCCUUCCUGGCAUGCCCCAGAUGGCCACAGGGAUGCCGGGCGCCCCCAUGAUGAUGCAUCCCAUGAUGGGAGCGACCCAAUUCAUGAUGGGACCCAUGGCGUCCAUGAUGGGCAACCCUCAAAUGCAACAGGCUCAAAACAAACCGCUUUUCCCGGCUGCUGCAGCAGCUGUAAGUACAAGUUCGUCAGCGACUCUUGUAGGGGCAGAUUUUAAGCCCAUUUCAACCUCAGCGGGUCCAACAAACCAUAUGAAACCGGCCUUUCCAGCCUAUGGCUCUUCUACGCCCAGUGGGAGCGACACUCCAACAGGAUCUGCAGCGAGCACUACGCCCAAAACACCAGCGUUAAUCAACACAACAAGUGCCACAAGUAGGAUAAUGCAUCCUCCAGAGGAUAUCUCUCUGGAGGAACGCAGGGCCACACUACCCCAGUACCGACCCAAUGCUGGUGCUGCUUCUCUUGGUGGAAUGAUGCCUGCGGGGAUGGUGGCUCCUGGUAUGCUCUCCUCCCCACUAGCUGCUGUCUCUUCGGCUGACGAGGCGGCUGUUGCUCCAGCACCCUCGGCGGCCCUUUUCGCAUCCUCCAUGGCGGCUGCUGCUGCAGCAGCAGCUGCGAUUGAAGAAGAGAGACGGGCCAUGAUGUCUCGCUACCAGACCAGUGCCCAUUUGUCCCAUGGAAUGCUCCCCCUCGCCACCGUCUCCCAGCCUAUGAUGCUGGCUGCCAGGCCGAUGGUCAGCGUUGCAGGUCAAACAGUUUCAAAUGCUGCUGCGGUUCAGGCUAUGAUGAACCAUCAUGCGCAAGCAAACGCCAUGCUUAGGGCGCAGCAGCAUCCAGCAGCGAUGGCAGCUGCAGCGUCUAUGGCUGCAGUGGCAUUAGGGCAGUUUCCAGGAGCUCCCCCAGGCCAUCAUAUGGCCAUGCUUUCUGGAGGUAACAUGCUAAGACCGCCACCCAUGGGGCUGCCACCAGGUAUGAUACAUGGCCUACCUCACGGUGGUCCGAUGGGUCCCUUUGGAGGCGCACCAAUGGGCUUCCCCGGCCCACCAAUGCUAGCGCCGAUGAUGCACCCGCGCUUCAGAUGAUCAGGUUUGCUGGGCUGGGAGGACGUGAUCGGAGGCGGAGUGGCGCCGAGCGCGUCGUCGACGGGUUUGCCGAUGCCGGUAGCGCCUCCUGCGGCUGCUCUCCCUGUCCCAGUGUCAACAGUUACCGCGCCACCCCGGCCUCUGGCCGGCGUGUGGCUCCUCUUACGGUGAUCACCCACUACUCACCAGCCCCAGAAGCCUCGACCCAACUAGACCAAUUGGCCGGGUGCAGCAAGAGAAAGAAUCACGCCCUUGCCGAUCACUGUUGUAUAGUCAAUCCGGUAUUUAUCUUUUCUUUUGAUACAUACUUUUCCUGAUCACACUUGCACUCAUCAACUCGAUGGAGCUGAACCAAUAAUUUCUCAUCAGCAUGCUGUUAAUUUGAACAAACACAACGUUGAAGUGUGUCUGUUAUUUAUUUUGACUAUUAUGUUGGAUUAUCCCAUGCAAUUUUCGUAAAUGUGGCGUUCCAAAUUAUAUAUAUUUAUAUUUACUGCACUCUGUGGAGGGAGCAUCUUACCAUAUUUCUUUUGUUGGAUUUGACACCACGGUUGUGGAUGAUCAUGCUAAAACGAUUCAUGUGUAGAUGCAUGCUAAACUGACUACUGGAAUUGUGUUGUUGCUUUUUCUUGUCUCUCGCUCCGUAGUAGCUUGAUCCUGUCAAUUCAGCCGCUGACAAACAGUCGCCUCUGAUUAGAGAUAAAUAAUUGUUUCAUACUUUUGCCACGUACUUAAUAAAAUCGGGAACGACGCGCAAGUUAUUAAUGUUAUAGAUUCUCUUCCCCUAUGGAAACCAGUUGCUCAUAAUUAUGAAUAACGCGAAUAUUAAGUGUUCCAAUUUAAAGACUACGCAACACUGAACUUGGAAAAAUAUUAACCAUAUGAUCAUAGCGAGUUAUUAUUGUACAUAUCUAGCAUGCUGUGAUAGAUGGAUGCUAGCUUUUCUUUAAACAAAUUAAUACUGCCAUCAAAGUCUGCUUUGGGAAACGGUGCUACUCAUGCCCUGCCCAACUUUUCCGAAUGUAUGAGAACUUUCGCCCCAUUUUCAAACUGGUCUCUUGAUCGCUGAAAAACAAUAGAUUAAUAUUGUACUGAAUUUACUCUAAUCCAUCUGUUUGAAUGCUACAAGCUCGGUGUCAUUAAUGGUUAGAGACGUGCAAAUUGCUGUAGAACUGUGACAAGAGCUUCAAGCAAAGCGUUGUGAGCAAAAUGUUUCAUUUCUAAAUUUCCGUCUGCUAUGAACCUCUGUACAUUAACAUUUCUGGAAACAUACUUGUUUAGAAUGCAAAGUUUCGUUAAAAAACAAAGGUUGGGCUGCUCUAAUUGUAAAGUUUGAACAACUUGAAAAUGAUCAUUUUGUGUACUAAUGGGGUGACUUUCUUUUGCCAGUGCUGCAAAGUAGCUGAGACUUGUAAAUUUUGAUAUGCAACUGCCUUUGCAGUUUCAGCCACUUUGCACGCAGCAUGCUGUCAUCAAACAACAAACAGUCUCCUAAUCAUAGCACCCUUGAGCAAUGAAACUUUGGAACUCUCCCCAAUCCAUUACUGAAACACCUUUUCCAAUUUAUCAACAGAACCUAAUGCAUCUGCAACAACAACAUUGCUGUUUUAAAACUCCGCAAUUCGGUGAGUGAUCCAACUCUCAGUAUCAUUUACCCUACUACUAUAUGACGUUAUUGAGUGGUGGCGUAAUAUUUUUCAUUGUAUGCACCCGUCAAGUGAACUUUGGACCAGUGCUUCCUGGCUGGCUCUGGCCAGCUGGGAAACAGCCUGUUUUGUUGUAGUUUGGCACUCGGAGCUGUUAAAAUAGCAAUGACAACAAGGUGGGACUUUCUUUUUAUUUCAAUUUUUAAGUUCGAAGAAAGAUGAGUCAGUUUGAUGAUAUUGACGUACAAACCUUUAAAAAUAUGUUAGAUUUUGAGCUGUGUAGGACAGCAAGUUUUUCUUUUCAUUUUGCUCUUUUUGCACCUCGAUGGAGAAAACGAUGCAAGGUCCACUCCACACACAAAAGGCAAUAAUUUUGGUAUGUUUUGGUUUUGUCAUAACAGUUUGUUGACAUACAUAGUAAUUCAAGGUAAGCAGUUUUUCUUUUCAUUUUCCUCCUCCUUGGGUUUUGGUAUUGUCAAUAUUUUGUACUACCCCUUUUCUGUAUAUUGUCCACCAAAUCUGUUGCCUCUGCUACACACACACGAACACACGUCUUAACUGGCCGAGCGAUCCCCUCACUGGGAGCACGCACGGCUCACGCAAACCGCUGACAUUUUUUAUUAUUUCUUGAGUUGACCCCCUUUUCGAAAUGGGCAUCCACAUGAUAUAAAUAAUCCAAAGCUCAGAUUGUUUUUUCCAUUCAUUAUUAAUUGCUGUGUGAGUUCAUAUAAUUGCAAACAAAUGUUUUAUCCAUGUAAUCUUUGGCAGUCUAAUUUGUAACUCAGGGGCUACUAAUGAGAGUAAAGUAAGUACUGCAAAAUUUGUAAGGUCCGCGUGGAAGGUUUGAACGGCCGUAUUGUCCAGUUGUAAUAUGGUGAUCAGCCCGGAGGGCCUCCAAUUUGGCAGCACCGAGUAGCGCAAUUAAGUUGAGCCUGCCAUUACCCCGGAGAAUGGGGCGCGUCAAUUGCUUGGCGCAGCGAAAUUGGAGAUCCCGCUCUAGCACCAUAGAUUGCUCUCUUCGCAAAAAGCAAAUAGUUGACGUGUGUUAUCAAUAAUCGUAAUAUUAACUUCUCGCUGAGAUCCGUUGACUCUUAUGCAGAAAAAAAGAAUAAAAGUUUAGAUGUCUCGAACUAA